AUGCCAAGGAGAGAGAAGAGGGAGGGUAUUUGUUUCAUCGGGGACAAAAGGGAACGUGGCAUCACCUUCUCCAAGAGACGUGAUGGCUUGUACAAGAUGGCAUGUGACCUCUCCGUCCUCACGGGCGUGAGGGUUGCUGUCGUCUUGGAGAUGGAGUCUGGAAUAAUGCACUCAUUUGGGACGCCAUCAGCGGCACCCAUAGUUGAAGCUUUCUUAUCAGGAGGUCCACUUGUCGAGCCGUUGGCUGAUGAGGCAACUAAUGCUAGGAUUAGAAUGUUGCAGGGGGAGGUGGCUCGGUUGGACAUGGAAAGUGUGACACAUGAGAAGAGAGCAGAACUCUCCCUCGAGCAUAUCAAAAAUAUACAAGACGAGAACCCAGGUAUUGUACCAAAUUUUAUCUUCUCCAAGGAAGAAGAUCUUAGUCUUGAAGAUCUUAACAAGCUCUUCAAUGAACUUUUGCGGGUCCGGGAGGACAUUAGACGUCGUAUGCCUCCACUUCAUCCUAUAAGUGAACCCAAGACGGGUGGUCCAAACGUACCAACGAAUGAGUUGAUGCUAAGAGGCCCAUCAUGUGAUUACUUGAAUACUCAUCUUUCAUCCCAACAACCAUCGUCAUCUCAUUGUAUUCCACCUCAAGUGUUGUCGUCGGUUCCACUACCAUCAAAACCACAAGACACGAUGGAACCACAUUUUCCUAUGCAGAUAUCGCUCCAGUCUGCACCACCACCUUUAGCACCUCGUUUAACGUCCCACCUACAACCAAUUGUUCAUCAGGUACCACAAAUAUUUCAGUCAGCACCACCAUCUUUGGGUUCCCAUUUGACAUCCCUCGUACAACCCAUUCCUGAUCCUGUACAAGAUUUACCUCCACACCUUCAGAACUAUCCAAGUUCUUACAACUCAAUGGAGCCACCACAGAACAACACAAUCACUAACUCAACCAUUGGGAGCAUUGUGGAGGGCCCCCCACAGUUGUUCUACCCCAAUGGCAAUGACUUCUCCGCCGGUGAAUCCUUUAGCAAUGGUACCUUGGCCUACACUCCAUCGAACCAACCACACUACAAUGGGAACCUAGGGAUGGAUGCUUAUUUGGGACAUAAUGGCAAUAAUGUAGGCCAAUAUAACAUGGACUAUGAUGAGUUUGUCAAUGCACCGCCAAAUUCUUCCAACGGGAAUGAUGGUUAUGUUCAUUCAUGGUUUGAAGGACUUCUUUAG